UAAAAGAGAGGACAACGAACUUGCUUGCUAGUGGUUUGCACACCGGCUUAAUCUGGUGUAUCCACGGUAUGGCGUAAAUUUGGCCCUUAGUAGACGAAUCUGUGCCAAAUGUGUCGUUUCUUCUUUUGAACGCUCGAUGCCGAUAAUAUUUACGCGGUAACCGUCGACUUUAACAAUCGAACGGCCUUCUACUCCCAAGUCUCUUUUAUAUCUUUACGUUUCUUGCCUCAUAAAUAUUUAUACAAAGGGGAGGGCGAAUGGGGUGCCAGAUUCGAAUCGAUCUUUCUCUGAUUCGGAAUUAUUUGACUUUCGUUUUUCGCGCCUAAACGUUCAGAUUUACGAAAGACGUAAACGAUAUAUGUACAUGCAUACGAGUUUCGCGUACGCAAUCGUUUUAUUUAACGAGCUUCGAGUUUCAACCAAUUGAAAAUAACGUGGAGGUCUGAUUAAUGUCGAUCGCUAGAACGCUAUUAGGAAUUUAGGACACCUGUCUCACGGCGCCAAGCGCCGCUAUGGCUGGCGGCGAACGACAAACUCAGUUUUCAUUCGGGACGAUAGACCGAAUUUGCGAAGUCAGCAAAAAACAAAACAAAAAAAAAAAAAAGAAAGAAAGAAAAAAGAAAAUAAAAGAAGAGAAGUGUUACUUCAUUGCGAGACGACGAUCAUUCGCCCUGUCAAAAUUCGUUCAUCGCGAUCUCGGAUUACAGGAAGCGGUGAUCCAUUUAUUUUGGCGGUUCACAAACGUUUUUAGUGGUAAGAAGUGGGAGGGCGUCGCGACGCCUCGCGUAUUUAUUUCUGUAACACAGUGCUUGCCAUGAUCGUCGCCUGCGUUAUUCUACGUUAUACUAUAUAGAUGCGCGCAUUGCGAUGUAAAAUCUACGAAAUUCAUAAAAAAAAUUCUCUACGCGUUAAAAAUAAACGAUAGAAUUCCGUCGAAUGUAGGAUAUUAGAUUAAUUUGAAUUUGAACGUAAUUAUUCGUAUUUAAUAAAUUACAUUAGAUAAAAAAAAAAAAAAAAAAAAGAUCCGAGAAAGAUAUCAUGAUUAUUUGAAAAUUCAACAAAUAUAAGAACAUAUGCUUUCCGAUCGAUUAUUUCGAAAAAUAGAGAGAAGCGAGUUGAAACGAAUACUAAACAAUUCUACUGGCAGUAUUUGCGAGUAGUAAAACGCGUGUUAAAAUUCUGAUCGCCUUAGAAUAAGUCGUAAAGUUAUUAUUUUUAACCACCGAAGACUGUCCAGCCGGUAGCCGUAGAACCCAAUGAUGAAUGCCGUUUGCUGCGUAGAUUCAGACUUCUUGGGAGAAGAGAUGAAGUUCUUGUAAAAAAGGGUGGAACGCAAUCGGAAAGUCUAGCAUGGUUGCAUGCUAAGAUGAUUUCCACGGUUUUAUUGCGGGUAGGUCAGGCCAGAUUGGAGAAUUGCCCGCCAAAAUAGACUGUUCAAACCGUUCCGGCCUAAAUGUGUCAUCUAUAAAUACGAGAGCCCGGUUGGUACAAGAGAGAGAGACAGAGACAGAGAGAGAGAGAGAGAGAGAGAGAGAAAGAGAGAGAGAGAGAAAGACAGAGAAGGUUUGGUACGCAUCGAUACACUUGCAGAGAAAUUAUCCGAGUAUAAUUCGCACAUAUUCGUGAGUCAUACGUCGUUUCCCUGCACCUAGACACCUUGUCCCUCGGUUUUCUUCUUCUUCUUUUUUCUUCUUCUUCUUCUUCAUCGUCAUCUUUUCUUUUUUAUUUUUUUCUUCUUUUUUUUUCUUUAUUUUUUCUUUAUUUUUUCUUUUUUUUUCGCCGUCUGAAACAAGCUUGUAAGCCGUCACUGUCGUUGACCGUUUCGUCGUUGCUUUAUUAUUAGACUCUCUCGAUAACACCUCUCGAAGAAUCAUAGCGAUUUAUUUCUUCUUUUUCUCUUUCUUUUCUCUCUCUCUCUCUCUCUCUCUCUCUCUCUCUCUCUCUCUCUCUCCGUCUUUUUCUUUAGUGUUUCAAGCAUGAAAAGACAACGAAUAUCGAAGAGAUGAUAUCCUUUUAAAUGUUGGAGAAUUGAACUAAAACCGAUGAUUUUACGAAUCUCGAGAACAGAUCUUACUAAAAAUACGAUGUCCUUGGUCUCUCCAAAAAAAAAAAAAAGAAAAAAAAAAUCUACGAAUAUGUAGGAAACUUUUGAAAGAUAAUAUAUAUAUAUAUAUGUAUAGAUACACAUAGGUAUCUUCUUUCCAUGCGAACUCGGUAGACCUUAGAUAAGCUUAAGCUUUUAGAACUAGAAAAUCGGACGUGCUUCUUCGAACUCGUAACCUUCAAAAACGAACGUCUAACAUGAUGUGAUAUAGAUUCGAAAUAUAAUUUUAACCGCAGGUUGUCUUACGAAGCAACCUUUGGCUAAGACGAUCGUUCGUCGUUUCAGUUCCGAUUCGUGCUGUCGAUCGUACAGAAAUUUAUUUCUCUUUCUCUUUGUCCUUUUUUUUUCCUCUCUUCGUUUCAUUCUUCCCGAAAGAAAAAAAAGAACAUGUACAGUGUAUCGAGUAUCUAGGAAGAUAAUCAACGUUUGAUAUUGACGUAAAUAUGUAAAAAAAAAAAAAAAAAGAAAAGACAAGAGAAAGAGAGAGAGAGAGGAAGAGAAAAUCUUUGUGAAUGCCUGUUCCUUGUGGUAUGGGAUGUGAUAGCUCAAGGUUAGAUCUUCCAUCGAUCUCGAAAGACAACGAGGAUAAGCCCAUAAGGAUCGAGAUUAAAUUCGGUACAAAUUCAAAAUCACCUGGGAAAACUUCUCCUAUUAGUGGUAUCGAGGGUGUACCAGGAAUGGCAUCAGCGGGGGUGGGUAGAACGAUGAAGGAAUAUGAGGAUCAGCUUGGUGCUUUGAAGAAAGAGAACUUCAAUCUAAAAUUGCGAAUAUAUUUUCUCGAGGAACGUAUGGGUAUUACUUCCGCCGACGAGGGUGCGAUUAAAAAGAACAUCGAGUUAAAGGUCGAAAUCGAAUCGCUUAGGAAGGAGUUAGCUGAGAAGCAGGAACUUCUUAGCCAAGCGGCAAAGGCAUUUGAGUUGAUUGAGGAACAAAAGGAAGUCUCCUCGCGGAAUCAGGCACAAUAUGAGCAAUCGCUUGAGAAGGAGCGUGAAAGGAUCGUGCAAUUGGAGAAAGAACUCGAGGAAUAUCGAGAAAGAGCAAGUGACGCUUCAGUUUUUUACAAAGAAGCGUUUGGUGUUACGCCAGAGAAAGCUUUGGAAAAUGAAGAAAAGCUUCAUCAAAUGGAAGAACUCGUUGCAUCCCUCGAAGCGGAGGUAAGACAAAUAAGUGCUAGCUUAGAAGAAGAACGUGAAUGGGCACAAGAAUUGGAAAGCGAAAGGGAUCAAUUUAGAGAUCGUUUAAGCGCAGAAAUACAAACGAGAGAAAAUCUGACUACCGAAAGGAUACGAGAUAUGGAUGAAUUAAGAGAACGAGUUAGAGAAUUGGAGGAUCAAGUUUUUAAAAAGGAUACUAUCGUUCAGCAAUAUAAAAGUGAAAUAAGUGAAAAGGAUAGGGCGAUUAAGGAAAAAAAUAUAUUAUUGGAAGAAAAGUGUAGAUCAUACGAGGAAAUAUGUUCGGUUUCCGAUAGAAGGAAAAGACAGAUUGAUCAGUUGAGAAUGUCUGUGAAAGCAAGGGACGACGCUCUGACUGAUCUAAAUAAUAAACAUCGUGCUCUUUUAUCUCAGUUUGAAAACGGCUAUACAAAACGAUCACCGGUAAGCAGCCCCUCGACAGUAAGUCCAUUUAUAGAAUCCGUGUCGCCAAGGAUGGCACAAAAACUAACUUGUCUGCAGGGUUCAACGAAUAACGACAGCUCUGUAUUUGAACGGGAAACGAACAAGGAAAGAUUCAUCAAAGUUAAAUCGCCUACAACAACCAUGACAACCAGUAUUGAUGAAAUGGAAACUAAUAGAUUGGCGAAGGAAUUGGAAGAAAAGGAUCUAGAGUUGAAGAGACAGGAGGAAGAAAAAAAACAGUUGAUAUUGAAAUUGUGUAACGUGCAAAAGCAUGUAGAAAUAACGGAUCAAAAUUUCAAAAAGAUGGAAGGUGAACAUCAGAAGGCGGUUAAGAUGAUUCAAGGAUUUAUGGAGAGGCAACAACAGAUGGAAGAUAAAAUUGCGAGGAAAGAACGGAAGAUAGCGGAAUUGGAGGCUGUAUUGAAUAUUAGGUCAUCUGGACACGAGGAUACAAAAGCAACAAGAAGACGCGAUGGAUCUGGCAGAAAGGAUUACAAUGUUGAAAUUACAGAAAAUCCAGAACGAGAUGAUAGCAAUCAGCAACGGUUUGAGGAAAUGGAAGCCAAAAUAAACGACCUGCGAGAUGAGAUAGAGACAAUCAAGGAGGAGAAACAUCGUUUGGAAAAGCAAAUACAGGUCGAAUCAGAGGAGUUACAAGAACGAAUCAACGACAAAGAUCAACGAAUAGAAUCUUUAGAAAUAGAAAAGAAUACGAUGAAGGAAGAAUUGCAAGAUAAGAUCAUCGAACUCGACAAGUUGAAAUUAUCUAUCGUGGAAACUCCGACUAACGAAUUCAUCGAAUCUACGGAGCAACAAAAAUUGAUUCGAGAACUUCAUUCACGUAACGCAGAAAUCGUUGAGAAGAAUCAGAAGAUCGAACAAUUGACCAAAGAGUUACAAGUGAAGACACAAAAUCUUCAAAAAUUGGUAAAUACCGAGUUAUGGAGUAAAAACAAAGAAAUCGCUAAAUUGCAUAAUCACAUGACGGCAAGCAAUCAAUUGGAUAGAAGUCGUAGUAAAACUGAUAUUCCUCAGGAAAGUGCUAGUACACAUCUGGGAACUCUUAUUAAGGAAUUAAAUGAGAUUGGUAUCAAAGUGUCAUUUACCAAUGAAGUGAUUCAAUUGAAUUACGUGAAUGGUAACGAGUCCAUAGACGUUAAAACGAUGAUCGAGUACGUUCAAAAAUUGGUAGAAAAGAAGAACGAAUUAGAAAAGGAAGUGGAUUAUCUUAAUUGGUUGAAACUGGUCACAAAGCCUGACAUUGCUGCGGAAAUUGAUGGAUGUGAGAAUGAAAGUGAAAGAACGAGAAAAUAUUGCGAAUUGUUACGCGCUCAUUUGAAGGAUCUCGUGAAAUUGAUGAAGGACAUCCUUAAGAACGCGAAUCACAUUGAUGCGAUUAGUCGUGAACAUAAUAAAAUUGUAUUGGACGUACUUCUAAGUUCGAAUAUAUUUUCCGAUGAUUUUGCACAAGUUUUAGAAGGGAUGACCAAAAACGUUAUGAUGUUUGGUAUUAAAAAAUCGAUCGAAAACAAUGAAAAAACCGAUAGUGCCGUGAGAAAGAGUUAUUCCGAAAAUAUUUUGGAUUUAGCUAAAAAUCAUACAACAACGCAAUCUGAUUCGGAAGCUUUCUCUGAACCUGAUAGAAUAGUAUCCAUGGCUAGGAUCGGUUUGCAAGAAACUCAACACAAAUCUGUGAAUCGCUCUAGAUUUAGCAAACAUACGAAAACGUUUAGCGAUUCGGAGGAUUCGAUGGAUUAUAUACCAUAUCAUAAAACUUAUCAAGAUGAUUUACACGAUCUUGAUGCGAAUCAUCAUAUACAGGAACUAAAAGAAACAAAUAAUCUUUUGUAUUCCGAAUUGAGCGCUCUGAGGAACGAUCUUACUACCAAAGUUGACUAUGAUAUCAUAUUCGAUGAAAAGCUGAUACCGCUCAUUUUGAAGCUUGAGAAAUCGCAAAAAGUUUGUGAAAAAUUGCAAUCGUCGUUAGAAAAAAGAAUACAUGAGUGUCAUGUUUUGAGAAGAGAGAGUAAACAGAACAGUAUACGUAAAGGACAAUUGGAAAAGAAAAUAGCCGAUGUGGAGAGUAUGGUAGCUGAAAUGACUAAACAAAAAGCUGAACUCUUGCAGUAUAAAGAAAACACGGAAAAGAAGACAGCGGAAAUGUUAAUGGCACUUAAGAGAGAAAACGAACGAUUGAGAUCAAAAAUCAGAACGAUGGAAGAGGACAACGAAACUGCCAAAGUGAAAAUAUCAGCCUUGACAAAAGAAUUAGAUCAUCUUACUCUUUUACACAGUCAAAUUCUCGUCGAAAAUACGAAAUUAACUAACGAGAAAUUAAGACUUGAACAAGAAGUACGAAAAACCGAUAACAGAUACGAUAUGGCUGUUCGUUUAAUGCAAGAUAAAUUUAAUAAAGAGAUCUCAGAUUUGAAUCAAAUCAAUGAUUCGCAUAGAGCAAGAAUGGAAGAACUCGAAGCUACUAAUAAAGAACUACGAAGACACGUUGCUGUUUGUGAAACUAGCGAUUCAGCGCCAAGUUCAAGUGGUGUUUCUUCUAUACCAACAGAAAGCACAUUGAAACAAACAUGCGAAGAUAUUAUUCAAGAAUAUCAAACCUAUAAUCCUUCGCAAUAUUGGCAACCAAUAAAUUAUCAAACUCUCGGUGGACGGAGUAAAUCUAGUUGUUCACCUGACUUAGGCAUUGAAAGUGAUGCAGCAGUUACCACAGUAAGACCACUACAAGAUACUUUAAAGAUUACCGAAUCAAUGACUAAUUUACUCAGCGAUGAUGACAACGGUAAUAGAAAUACUGCUGUUCGAGAGGUAGACAGCGAUAGUCCAUUGCCAAUCGAAGCAAUUUUAGCUGGACAUAAAUAUAGUCUUGAUGAAAUAGAAGCACUCAAGCAAGAAAAUGAAAUGCUGAAACGGAGGUUAAUGAAAACGAGAAGAGCCCUGGAAGAUACGUUUCAACAUUUAUCGACCUCGAACAAAAACAAGAAAAAUGUUGAAAAGGCAAUCACUAAACAACUGAUGAUUACUAAAAGUAUACUAAAGAAAACGAGAACGUACGAUGAACCAUUGGAGAACUAAAGAAAAAUAAAUAUGAAAACCAAAAUAAAUUUAAUAUGUCUGUAGAAGAGAACGCAGAUACAAAAUGGACAAGGUUUUACUUAACCAAUUUGCGUUAAUCUUCAAAUUGUCCACCACGCAUCGUCCAGUUUUUAUUGUUACGUAUUUUUUAAUCCAACUGUUAUACUAUUCUACAGACUGUUGUUAUUUUUUUUAAACGAAACAUUUCGAAGUGACACGUAUAAUGUUACGAGUACUAAUAACAGCGAUAUUCUAUCAUUGUAAUUUUUGUAAAACAAAAGAAAAAAAAAAUAUUUUCUUACUACAACGAAAUGUUUUGGAAAAGAAACGAGAAUGAAACCAUUUUUGUGCUUUUUAAAAUACGCGACUGUAUAAUACAAUAUUUGUAUAUACUUAUGGAGAAAGAUUGCACGCAAAACAUUGUAUAAAUCCUUUUUGAUUUAUACGUGCGUUAGUGACAGUUCUUUCUCCCUCUCUCUUUUUUUUUUUUUUUUUUUUUCAUUUUCUUUCCUAUAGAGUAAGUUCUUGAUUAUGAACUUAUUCUUCAAUUAAUUAUUUUAUCGAUUAUAUGAAAUCACACUCGCGAGUUUAAAGGUGUGCAUCAUUAUACGGCAUCUGUACAUAGUCUUCAUAAAUAAAGUGCCAUUAAUAUUUGCGGUUUGAAA